UGGAGUGGGACAGCUGAGCUGCAUCGUCAGACACCCAAUCUACUACUUUCCUGUCCUGGUUGUGGUUGAGGCAGGCGAGGAAGUAGGAACCGAGAUCGAUCCACAUCCACUCUGUGCAUCCAGCGCCAACAGCAGCAGCUGCUGCAGACCAUGUGGACGGAUAGGCCGCUGGUCCGGGACGCCGGCGCCGCCGUGCUCACCGGAGUCGCCGCGGCUGUCGUGCUCCGCUUCUGGGAGGAGGUAGCCAACCGCGCGCUGCUGGACCAGGUCAUGCUUCAACCCUCCCUCACUCCCUUCUUCUUCCUCACGAUCCUUAUGGAGGAGAUUGACUUGCUUCUUCUGCUUUGUCCUGAAACGCAAAUCAUUUCUGUCCUCCUAAUACGUUUAUUUCCCUAACGAUAAUUUUUGGUAAGUUGCCAACUUGUGGCUCCAAUUCGUUUGCGGCCCUGAACGGCUGAACCCCUCCCUUCACAGUCAACCACAAAGCUCUCGUACUGCACUACUGCAGCUUUACUGUCACAUUCUGAAUAAUCAAAACUUUGACGCAAUUAACUAAUACUGACUCUUUAUCCCAUCCCCUAAAGAUGAAUGUAUUGAUGAGUGCCUGUAUGUCCUUUUUGCUGUGCAUUCUAGAAACUCUGCAGGAAGCUGGUGCACAUAAGUGUUGGAUUAGUGUAUUUCCUCAUGUGGCCUUUGUUCAGUUCAGAGGAUAUGUAUGCUCCAUUCCUUGCUCCGCUUAUCCUCAUCGUGAACAUCGUGAAGGUGACAGUGAUUGGGCUUAGUGUGGUCAAAGACGAGGGUGUGGUUAACUCGAUGACCAGGCAUGGAGAUCACAGAGAACUUCUCAAGGGCCCGUUGUACUAUGCCUGUGCUAUAACUCUGACAACAAUGGUUUUCUGGAGGACAUCGCCCAUCUCAAUUGCCGUGAUCUGCAAUUUGUGCGCGGGAGACGUGACCUUAUCCAAGACCAAGAAGAAGCCAGGUCUAGAGCGCAAGGGCAAAGUGGUCGCCGAGAUCAAAGACGCCGUCGAACAAUACAGCAGCGCCUAUGUCUUCACCUACGACAACAUGAGGAACCAGAAGCUCAAGGACCUCAGGGAGCAGCUCAAAUCCUCUAGUAGGAUAUUUCUUGCCGGAAAGAAGGUCAUGCAGAUAGCAUUGGGGCGCUCGCCUGCUGAUGAAGCUAAAACAGGCCUGCAUAAACUUUCCAAGUUCCUUCAAGGUGAUUCUGGUCUGUUCUUUACUAAUCUUCCAAGGGAUGAUGUGGAGAGGCUGUUUCAAGAAUUUGAGGAGCAUGAUUUUGCAAGGACAGGAAGUACCGCAACAGAAACGGUGGAACUUAAGGAAGGCCCUCUGGAACAGUUUACUCAUGAAAUGGAACCCUUUCUGCGCAAGCAAGGACUGCCAGUUCGCCUCAACAAAGGUGUUGUAGAGUUAGUCGCAGAUCAUGUAGUGUGUGAGGAAGGGAGACCCCUUUCACCAGAAGCAGCACAGACUCUGGUAAGGACAGGAGACUAUGCAGUCUUUGCUGCAUAUAUUGAUCUAAACAUGAGCCUGAACGAACUAAAAGGAGCAUCUUCCAAUUUUAGUAGACGCUUACUUGGGCUACAGAUGGCAACAUUCCGGCUAUACUUAGUGUGCCGCUGGUCUUGUGACGACUUUGAAGUGUACAGUGAAGGCUUGGCACGCAUACGAGCUGAAGAUUCCUCUUAAGCCUGUGAUUCUCUUAUGCAAGGACGCACUCGCUGUCUUGUGUUGGGACAGUUUUUGGUAUUGUGCGUAUAGCCAUGUACCCCUGAGCGUUGGAAAUUUGGGAGAUGUGGUCUGCAGAAAUUCUGCUUUUUGUAUCCCUCGUCCUUUCCAAUAUUUACUCAACUGUUGGAAGGUGCAAGCUGAUUGGCAUGUCAUAUCAUAUCAACAAGGGCAAGUUAAGAGGUUGAUCAGUUGGCAAAAA